AUGGCAGCCCCACAGGGCAAGGACUUGUACGUUUGCGGGAGGGACCUGCGGGCCGGCGGGGUGGCGGCCGCCAUCUCUAAGACGGUGGUGGCGCCCAUCGAGCGGGUGAAGCUGUUGCUGCAGGUGCAAGCCUCGUCCAAGCAGAUCCGGGCGGACCAGCAGUACAAGAGCAUGGCGGACUGCUUCAUGCGCAUCCCCAGGGAGCAAGGGUUUUUCAGCUUUUGGCGUGGCAAUUUGGCAAAUGUUAUACGAUAUUUCCCAACACAGGCUCUAAAUUUUGCUUUUAAGGACAAAUACAAACAGAUUUUCAUGUCCAAAGUGGAUAAAGAAAAACAGUUCUGGAAAUGGUUUUUGGCAAACCUGGCUUCUGGCGGAGCAGCAGGAGCAACAUCCUUGUGUGUAGUGUACCCGCUAGACUUUGCACGAACUCGUUUAGCUGCUGAUACUGGGAAAGGUGCUGCUGAGCGACAGUUCCAGGGACUUGGUGACUGUAUCAUUAAAAUCACAAAAGCAGAUGGACUUCCUGGCCUGUACCAGGGAUUUGGUGUUUCAGUACAGGGAAUCAUUGUAUACCGAGCCUCCUAUUUUGGAUGUUAUGACACCAUAAAGGGAUUAUUGCCAAAUCCAAAACAAACUCCAUUCAUUCUUUCCUUUUUCAUUGCUCAAGUUGUGACUACAUUCUCAGGAAUUCUGUCUUAUCCUUUUGACACUGUCAGGAGACGCAUGAUGAUGCAGAGCGGGGAGACUGAACGCCAAUAUAAAGGAAGCGUCGACUGCUUUAUCAAAAUAUACGAGCAAGAAGGGUUUAAUGCAUUCUUCCGUGGAGCGUUCUCCAACAUCCUUCGUGGGACAGGAGGAGCCUUAGUGCUAGUUCUUUAUGACAAAAUUAAGGACAUUUUUAAUCUCGAUGUUUCUGAGAGUUCAGGAUCUGAUUAA